CGGGACAGAUAAUACAAAAUUUAUUGCUUGUUAACUUCGUCAUGGAUGACUGACGUGUCCAAUAGACAUACGGCCGGUAUACACUUUUGUGAAUAGCGCGUAGAACAUAUUCGUCACCCCAGGAUCGGAAGUUGUGAAGGAAAUAAAUUAAAUCGGUGAAAUUGCGUCAAUGUAUGUAUUUAGCCUCAUCAAUGCAUUAUAGAUCUUUUCCCUGAAGAAUCUCUAAUCUUCUCGUCCCCGCUUUCACAUCCCCUUAUCUUGAGUACAGCCCUGUCAGCGCGUAUAUAUAUAUAUACUGUGUAGAUUAUUUGCAUUCACUCUGUAGACUCUGUACUCAUGCUGACAGUUGGCGCACGUUUUUUUCCUCACGUGCCUUCUACAAAACAAGAGCUCCAGAAUUCGUUGAAUUCGUACGUAUGCGCGCGCAUCAGUAUAAUCAAAAAGCAACGCCUUCUCCGCAGCAUGAGGAUUCUCGUUCCGACACAACGUUGAUAAUAUCCAUCACUAAUUGCGGCACGAACUCUUCAGAGUGGAGGAAGACGCGCCUUUCACUGCGUGUUUCUUUUUCAAACGCGCAGACGACUCCGUUCCUUCCGCGGCGCACGAUUUCGCGGAUCGCUUUCUCGGAAAUCGCACGUGAGUUGCGUCUCGAAGAAAAAAAAAAGUGAGAAGAGAAAAUACGAAAGGUGGAAGAACAAACGAUUACGCAUGUUUCCAUAAAAAAAAAAAUUGUUCUGCGAGAGGCCCGCAAAUUUUAUGUCGUGGUGCUGAUAUCGCGACGGUGGCAUGGACAAAGAAGCGAGUCAGGAUGAGGCCCACAUGACAACGCCUGAACUGAUCAAAAUUCACGGUUACAUACCCGAAAUCCAUCGCGUUUGGACAGAAGAUGGUUACUGUUUGAAUGCGCAUCGUGUACUCUCACCCAGGGAUCAAGUGUCAAUAAAAGCUGACUCUAUUACAAAUACUGAUACGGCCGUAAUUGAUAACAGCAGCAAAGAUUCUAAUUUGUCAACAUCCCCCGAUUGUCAUCAUGUUCUGACGGAAGCCCUUGAAUAUUCCGGUGCAAAUUCGAAAAUACCAGUUAUUGUAAGCCACGGACUUAUAUCCAGUUCUGCAGAUUGGGUGCUACUGGGACCUCACAAGGCUCUUGCUUAUGUUCUUUGCGACAAUGGAUUCGACGUUUGGCUUCCGAACGCUCGUGGAAAUACCUACUCCAAACACCAUAAACAUUACUCGAUUAAAGACAAAGAGUUUUGGGAUUUUAGUUGGCACGAGAUCGGAUAUUACGAUUUACCAGCAACGAUAGAUUAUAUCUUAGAAAAGACUGGUCAUUCCGAAUUGUAUUAUAUCGGUCACAGUCAGGGUACAACCACGUUUUACGUUAUGAUGAGCGAGAGACCUGAAUAUAACUCUAAGAUCAAAGGGAUGAUAAGUUUGGCACCUAUAGCGUUCUUAUCGAAUCAGAGAAGUCCACUCUUCAAGUGUCUCGUACAUUUUAACGGUCUAUUGGAGUGGGGCUCCUACUUUUUCAACUUUCUCCAAUGGUUCCCCCGCAAUAGCAGGUGGCAAGCACAUAUGGUUAGCACCCUUGUACGCAACGCUCCUUGCGCGGUGACGAAGGGCAUCUGCAACUGUUGGUUUUACCUGAUCGCCGGAUUCGGUAGCGAUCAGCUCGAUAAAUCCAUGUUACCCCUGAUAUUUGGACACUUUCCAGCGGGCGCUGCGAUAAAACAAAUCGUUCAUUUUGGUCAAUUAAUAAUGUCCGGCUCUUUUCAGAAAUAUGAUCAUGGUGUUAAAAUGAACCUAAACCUUUAUGGAUCCACUCAACCACCCAAAUAUAAUCUUGAAAGGAUCAAAGUACCUGUGGCAAUUUUUUAUAGUGACAAUGACUUUCUCACACAUUAUUCUGAUGUUCAAAAAUUGGUAAAUAGAUUACCAAACGUUAUAGAAGUUAAAAAGGUACCGUACGAAAAAUUCAACCAUAUUGAUUAUUUGUGGGGCAGGGAUGCGAGAACACUCCUAUAUAAUCGCAUUGUAAAUGUAUUAAAGAAAUUUUAAUGUAUAUUGUAAUAAUAUCUUAAAUACUAAAAUUAUAUAAAAGAAAGAUUUCGAUUUUUUUGCAUCUACAUUGUACGCAUUGAUCGACUCAAUCAAACCAUAAGUAUAUAUGUAGAAAAGACUAUCAAAAGCAGGAGCAAGCAGUGUAUAAUUAAGAAUUUGUAUGAGAAUAGAAUAUAAUGUGAUCUAAUUUUUAAA